CUGUCCUCCGGGGCGGGAGCCGCGCUGUCAGCGCGCCCGGGGGGGACCGUCGACAUCAGCGCGUCUGGCCCUCCCUUGACACAUGAGGAGCUGAGGUCCUGAGAGGGGACGUGACUUGCCUGAAGUUGCCCAGCGAAGUCAGGAGCAUCGCUGAGGCUGGAGCCCAGGUGCCCUGACUCCUGGUCCGGGUGUCUGUCCUCCACGCCAGCCUCCGAGCAGGUGCUGGCCAACUGGCCAGGAUGAAGAUAAGGGUUUUAGAGGAUAAGGUUGGGUAGAUAGUUAAGUUUGGGCAACAGAAAUAUUAAAAAGUUAGCUUCUGAUGGCAUUGGGAGCUAAGGGGUCUGCAGCCCAAAAUGUUAGCUGGGCAUCUUUUGGUGUUUGUUUACAAUGGCAUCGUGGGGGACUUACCGGCAGUUUUGUCUCCGCAGUUGAGGAAGACCUUGUACAUUUUUGAACGUUAUAUUUCCCUGCUCAGACAUGAUCUUCUGUUUAGAGGUUCUUGGAAUGUGUAUGUGUGUGAUUCGUGUGCUUGCUGAGUCUUAACUGGUGUUGACAGGAGAACUGAGAGAGAGGCAAUACUGUGUCCUCCGGUGUCAUAUCUCACAUGGAGGUGACUUCUUUGGUUGGCGGUCUGAGCAGCUACCAGGAUUUGGGUCAGUCAGUGCAUCUCUCCCAGAGUCUAGGACUCCUGGAAUGGUGGAGCUGGGAGAGGGAUGAUGGAGGUUGUCUCUCUGUUUUUUUGUUUUUGUUUUUCAAAUCUUAGGCCACUGAGACCAAAGAGUUGAAGGAACAUUUUCAAGUUGGUUGCAUAAGCCAGACACACUGAUCCAAGACCUAGACUCAGGUGGACAAGAUCGUGGACCAGCUGCAGCAGUUAAUGCAGGUGUAUGACUUGGCUGCCCUUCGGGAUUACUGGAGUUACCUGGAACGGCGACUCUUCAGUCGUUUGGAGGAUAUAUAUAGACCCACCAUCAACAAGCUGAAAACCAGCCUGUUCCGCUUUUAUCUUGUCUACACCAUCCAGACAAACAGAAAUGACAAAGCUCAAGAGUUCUUUGCAAAGCAGGCCACAGAGCUCCAGAACCAGGCCGAGUGGAAGGAUUGGUUUGUCCUGCCCUUCCUGCCAUCCCCAGACACCAACCCCACCUUCGCUACCUACUUCUCUCGACAGUGGGCCGAUACCUUCAUUGUGUCCCUGCACAACUUCCUGAGCGUCCUGUUUCAGUGCAUGCCAGUUCCCGUAAUCCUGAACUUCGAUGCAGAAUGCCAGAGGACCAACCAGGUUCAAGAAGAAAAUGAAGUUCUUCGCCAGAAGCUUUUCGCCCUCCAAGCCGAAAUCCACCGCCUGAAGAAAGAAGAGCUGCAGCCAGAGGAGGAAGAGGCCUUGGUCCAGCACAAAUUGCCUGCUUAUGUCUCCAACAUGGACCGCCUGGGGGACUCAGAACUGGCCAUGGUGUGCAGCCAGAGGAACACUUCCCUGUCGCAGUCGCCUCGAGUGGGUUUCCUGUCCUCGCUGCUGCCUCAGAGUAAGAAGAGCCCCUCAAGGUUGUCGCCUGCCCAGGGUCCCUCUCAGGCUCCGAGCUCAGCCAGGAAAGAGCCUCUCAGCGGUCAGACCGCCAAGGGAAAGGAUGCGGCGUGCGGGCCCAAAGACGGGAAGAGCCUCUUGGGCGGGCUGGCGUCCGGGGAGUCCAGCUGGUCGCAGCACCGGCAGCGGCGCCUGCAGGAUCACGGCAAGGAGAGGAAGGAGCUCUUCUCUAUGACUUUGCAGAGCGCAGAGAAGAAGGCCGAGGCUAGUGGCCCAGAGGCUGAGCCCUGCCCCGAGCCCCAUGUGGAGGCACUGGAGACGCUGACGCGGGCUUCUGCAGCAGGUGGCGAGGGCGGAGGGGUCCGCCCCGAGCAGCCGUUCAUUGUGCUGGGGCAGGAGGAGUACGGGGAGCACCACUCCUCCAUCAUGCACUGCAGAGUGGACUGCUCAGGGAGGAGGGUCGCCAGCUUGGAUGUAGACGGGGUCAUCAAAGUGUGGUCCUUCAACCCCAUCAUGCAGACCAAAGCGUCCUCCAUUUCCAAGUCGCCGCUGCUGUCUCUAGAAUGGGCCACCAAGCGGGACAGGCUGCUCUUGCUGGGCAGUGGUGUGGGGACAGUGCGUCUUUAUGACACAGAAGCCAAGAAGAAUCUCUGUGAGAUCAACAUCAACGACGAUAUGCCCAGAAUCCUGUCGCUUGCCUGCAGCCCCAACGGGGCCUCUUUCGUCUGUUCAGCCGCCGCUCCGAGCCUCGCUGCCCAGGUGGACUUCUCGGCUCCAGAUAUUGGCAGCAAGGGUACUAACCAGGUUCCCGGCAAGCUGCUGCUGUGGGACACGAAAACCAUGAAGCAGCAGCUCCAGUUCUCUCUGGACCCCGAGCCCAUUGCCAUCAACUGCACAGCUUUCAAUCACAACGGGAACCUGCUGGUCACGGGGGCAGCUGAUGGUGUCAUCCGGCUGUUCGAUAUGCAGCAGCACGAGUGCGCCAUGAGCUGGAAGGCCCACUGCGGGGAGGUCUACUCAGUGGAGUUCAGUUACGACGAGAACACCGUGUACAGCAUCGGCGAGGACGGGAAGUUUAUCCAGUGGGACAUCCACAGGAGUGGCCUGAAGGUGUCCGAGGACAGCCUCCCCGCCGAUGCCACCGGCCCCUUUGUGCUGUCGGGUUACAGCGGCUACAAGCAGGUUCAAGUGCCCCGGGGCCGGCUCUUCGCUUUUGACUCGGAGGGAAAUUACAUGCUGACGUGUUCUGCCACAGGGGGCGUCAUCUACAAGCUGGGCGGGGAAGAGAAGGUUCUGGAGAGCUGCUUGAGCCUGGGCGGCCACCGAGCCCCUGUGGUCACCGUGGACUGGAGCACGGCCAUGGACUGUGGGACGUGCCUCACUGCGUCCAUGGAUGGCAAGAUCAAGCUGACCACCCUGCUGGCUCAUAAACUCUGACGGGACCGCCCCCACCCCUGAGGGACACCCACGGAGGCAAUGUUACCUGUUAUCCUGGGGGAGUGGAGUGACGGGACCCGAACACAGAGCACUCUGCUUCCUGCUCCUGGCCCGUGUGGGGACUCCUCAGGGAAGGACAGUCCAGGGAAUCUGGCUCUUUCCAGCAGCAGAGACCGGACAGGAGCCACACUGAGUCAUGGCACAAGUGCCCCCAGAGACCAGCGUGCUGGGCUGCGCAAGGGGCAUGCUUCAGGCGGCAGGGAUGAAAGUUCAGGAAGCAGGAGAUGCAGCAUGAUGGCUGCUCUCUUGGCCCAGGAGGGAGUGACAGUAUUUUGUAUAUAUUUGCUCAUUUUUCCUUUUUUUUUUUUAAAAAAAAAAAAGAAUAUU